UAUGUUUGCUUUUAUAACGAAGAAGAUGUCGAGAAAGCUUUAGAGAAAAAUAACAAGAAUAUGGGACACAGGUAUAUUGAGGUCUUUAAAUCUACUCAACAAGAAGCCAACAUGGAGGCUCGAGGGCGGAAGGGGGAAGACUCAGACUUUUCCUUUGGCCGGGGGGGAGGUGCUCCCAGGAGGGGGGCAGCUAGGGGCUUCGGAGGUCCUAGACCAGGACCUUAUGACCGUCCCAUGCCAUUUGCCCGCGGCGGGAUGGGGGGCGGUAUGGAUGGGUAUGGUGACGGGAUGGGAGGAGGGAUCCCACCCAUGGGAAUGGGGUUCGGACGGGGCGGAAUGUCCGGUAUGAGAGGAUUGGGCGGAGGUCGUGGUUUCGGAGGUGGAGCCAGUAGAAGCUUCGGCGGUUCAUUCAGCGGAGGAUUCGGGGGCGGUGCAGGGGGAGGCUAUGGAGGAGGUGGAGGAGGUUACGGAGCUGGCGGAUAUGGAGCAGGGUACGGCGAAAGCGGUUACGGAGCUGGAAUGGGCGGCGGUUAUGGUUACGAAUCGGCUGGAAAUGGAUACGGAAUGAGUGGCGGAGGUGGGCUAGGUGGCGGUAGCGGAAUGGGAGGAGGGGCUGGAGGCGGAUACGGUAGUAAUGGAUCUGCCUCUGGUUAUGGCGCAGGAGUUGGAGCCGCAUCUGGUGGUGGUUCACUCCCUUCACUUGGUGGAUAUGGAGCCGGGGUAGGAGCAGGACCUAUCGGAGGAGCAGGCGGACGGGGAGGGUUUGAUGCUUACAGCCAGGACUCAUUCGCUCCGAGUAUGGGGGGAGUGCCCGGUUACCAGGGGUUCAGUGAGAACUAUUUGGUGAAAAUGCGCGGAAUUCCGUUCUCCACCACACUGGACGAUAUUAGCACGUUCUUUUCCGACAAAGCGAAGGUGAUUGAUGCCGAGAUACAGUAUGGACCUGACGGCAGACCUAGUGGUACUGCUGAGGUUAUGUUCUCAUCUCUAGCUGAGGCCAAGGCUGCAAUGUCAAAACACAAAUCCAACAUGGGCUCUAGAUAUGUUGAACUUUUCCUGGAGGGUCCGGUCUAAAUAUUAUAAAAAUCAGAUAUCCGACCUGAUGUUGUACAGAUCAUUUAAGCAUGUACGCGGGUAUCCCUUGUGUACUGCACAGUGUACAUUCACCAAAAUCAGCUGUACAAUUGGCCUCAACUCACCUUCUACAACUUCUCAAGAAUUACAAAAUUUCAAAGUAUUAUUUGUUAAAUCUUUCGACUGAUUUUCUUUUUGUAGUUAUUUUCUCUGGACAGAUUAAUUCGAAUAAAAUGUCGAAUAAUCUGAACCCAAUAAUUUGUACACUGAUAUGAUAAGGAAAAUAAACCCAAACUGAUAUACCUGUAAUUGUACCAACGUUAUUUUCUCUCAUCAAUAUAUUAUGUACGUUGCUGUAUUGUCUUUAAGUUGCCGAUUUUUCAGA